CGAUACAAUGGAUUCUUCAUUUCAUGAACGCGGAGGAUUUGACCCAGAACGUAUUGUUACUUCAACACCUAGAGCAAGUCAAGAGCGCGAAGUUCAAUGGCUUCAAGCUGUUUCGAGUAAUUCUCAAGUUACUGAAGAGGUGGAAAUGAGUGAGGAUAUUUCAACAAUUUGUGAGCAUGAUUUUAGUCCUUAA